AUGGAGAACGAAAACAAUUCAGGUAAGUACCAUGAAUGUGAAUCUCUUCCGAAGACAACGUGGUCGAGAUAUGAAGACAAACUUUUUGAGACGGCUUUAGUGGAUGUUCCGGAGAAUAUCGAGGGGCGGUGGCAAAAGAUAGCUGACGCCGUUCCAGGUAAGACGGUGGAAGAGGUGAAGGUUCGCUAUGCUGAGCUAUUGCAUGAUUUAGAUGAGAUUGAAUCAGGUCGGGUGGAGUUGCCCAAAUAUGCAGAAGAUGAUGAUGUAAUUAAGGAAUCGUUUGUUAGUUCGGAUUCUGAGUUUAGAAGUAGAAAAGUUGAACAGAGGAAGAAAGGGACUUCCUGGACUGAAGAAGAACACAGGAAAUUCUUGGAGGGGUUGAGGGAGUAUGGAAAAGGUGAUUGGCGAAGCAUAUCAAGAAACUGCGUGAUCACAAGGACGCCCACACAAGUGGCCAGCCAUGCACAGAAGUAUUUCCUCCGACAGAGCAAUUCGCAGACAAAAGAGAGGAAGAGAGCAAGCAUCCAUGACAUAACCACCACAGAUACCACCACAAUGGUGGUGCAGCCACCGCAGCCCGCUAACAUGUAUGGAGGCCAAGGUGGAGCACCACCCUAA